CCUCGCACGGUCUCUCUCCUCGACGACGACGACAAUAUUUUCAUCGCACCGCCGAUACUCCGCUCCAGCAGUCGGCCGUUCUCCAGCGUGCGUCGUGCUACCGUUGUGGACCAGGAGGUGAUACAAUAGUCACGCGCGCUCAGACCGUCGCUACAGGCAUUGCAGCUGUAGUCAGGCCGACCGGCGACCAGAUCGCGACGGCCAACAUGACCGGGUCGGACGACAACAACGGCGGCGAUUCGGACAACGCCGGCGCCGGGGUGGCCGACGACGGGGACGGAUGGGUCUUCCGCCGCGACAAGUUCUCCGUCGGGGCGUUGCUGACCAUGCUGCUGUGGUGUGCCCUGUUCGUCGCCAUCGUGCCGCAGCCGCGAGCCGUGGCCGGCGCCCAGCUGUACACCAACACGUUCUCGGUCAGGCUGCACGGCGACGUCCGGAACGGCAACGGGCACGUCGACGAGGAGGUGGCCCACAGGGUCGCCAAGAGGGCUGGCAGCGGGUUCGAAAACGUCGGAAAGAUUCGUGGUACUAAGGAUGAAUUCCAAUUUGUGCAUCAUGGAUUACCAAAAAUACGUGGUCGGCGUUCUAUACCUUCAGUUUUACUUUUGCAAAAAGAUCCAUCAGUUAAGUCUGUUCAUCAGCAACCAGGAUUUAAGAGAGUGAAACGUGGAUACAAACCAUUAUUUAUUCCAUCAUAUCCAUCCUUAUAUUUGAAUAGAGAUGAAUUUCUUGCAAGUCAAUACAGAGAAUAUUCUAAUAAACCAGUUGAAAUUGACGAUGAUCUGGAUCGUUAUGGUAAAUUACCAAUGGAUCCAUUAUUCAAGGAGCAAUGGUAUCUGAGGAAUACAGGACAAAAUGGUGGUAAACCAAAAUUAGAUUUGAAUGUACGAGCUGCUUGGGCUCAAGGGGUAUCGGGCAAGAACGUAACUACAGCUAUAAUGGACGAUGGAGUGGAUUACACACACGAAGAUCUGAAAUAUAAUUACAACGCACGAGCUAGCUACGAUUUCAGUUCUAAUGAUCCAUAUCCAUACCCAAGGUAUACCGAUGAUUGGUUCAACAGUCAUGGUACACGUUGCGCCGGGGAAGUGGCAGCUGCGCGUGAUAAUGGUGUUUGUGGUACUGGUGUGGCAUAUGACUCAAAAAUCGCCGGGAUUCGGAUGCUCGACCAACCGUAUAUGACAGAUCUUAUCGAAGCAAAUAGCAUGGGCCAUGAACCGGAUUUAAUUGAUAUUUACAGUGCUUCUUGGGGACCUACGGAUGAUGGACGAACAGUUGACGGGCCGCGUAAUGCCACUAUGCGAGCUAUAGUCCGGGGCGUCAAUGAAGGUCGUCGUGGAAAGGGCAAUAUAUACGUAUGGGCUAGUGGUGAUGGCGGAGAGGCUGAUGACUGCAAUUGUGAUGGAUAUGCCGCUAGUAUGUGGACAAUAUCGAUAAAUUCAGCAAUAAACGAUGGACAGAAUGCUCAUUAUGAUGAAAGUUGUUCAAGCACAUUGGCUUCAACUUUUAGCAAUGGAGCCAAAGAUCCUAAUACUGGAGUAGCAACUACUGACUUGUAUGGCAAGUGUACUAAAUCUCACAGUGGCACAUCAGCUGCUGCACCGGAAGCUGCAGGCGUGUUCGCUUUAGCCCUGGAAGCAAACCCUGAUUUGACUUGGAGAGAUAUACAACACUUGACCGUAUUGACUUCAAAACGAAAUUCUUUAUUUGACGCCAAACGUAGAUUUCAAUGGACAAUGAACGGUGUUGGUUUGGAAUUUAAUCAUUUAUUUGGAUUUGGAGUUCUUGAUGCAGGAGGAAUGGUCUCAUUAGCUCGGCAGUGGCAUACUGUACCCGCUAGAUAUCAUUGUCAAGGAGGAUCACAUUCAAAAAUCAGGAAAUUUACAUCCAAGUCAGGCAUUAUAUUGAAAUUGAAUACUGAUGCAUGCCGUGGCACCGAUACUCAUGUUAGAUACCUGGAACACGUACAAGCUGUAAUAACACUGAAUGCUACAAGACGUGGUGAUGUUGAACUAUUUUUGACAUCUCCAAUGGGCACAAGGUCGAUGAUAUUAAGUAGAAGGCCUAAUGAUGACGAUCGUAGAGAUGGAUUUACAAAAUGGCCAUUUAUGACAACACAUACAUGGGGUGAAUACCCGUGGGGUGAAUGGAUACUCGAGGCGAAAUUCAAUACACCGAGUCGGUUUUCGCAGCAAUCAGCUAACGGCGGCGGCGGCGGCGGGGCACAGGCAAACUCCGGACAGGGAUCUAAAACGGACUCGGCUAGUGAUUUGGAAGAAAACCGUGGCGGGUCGUCGGCAGAUUCGAACGAGGAAGAGGGAGACGGAAACGAUUAUGAAACGGUGCACACGGGUUUCCUGAAGGAAUGGACCUUGAUGCUGCACGGUACCCGGGAACCGCCGUACAGCCAACUGUCCGUCCGAGAUCCGCAUUCCAAACUAGCAAUCGUCAAGAAAGCGCACACCAUAGCUGGGCCCGACACUACCGUAUCUCCACAGAAGCAGAGCGCAUAUUAGAUUUAACGAAGAUGAAAUUAAAACACCAAUGAAUAAUAAUCACUAUACGGAAAUAUCUCGAUUGUCGUUUACAAAACAUAUAAUAUACCUACAAUUAUUAAUCUAUUACUAUGAUAUAUACAUACAUAUAUAUUAUACUAUUACGACGCCCCCAAAAGCAGACCCUCAUAUUAUUAUUAUAUACUGUCACUGUAACGCGUAGACGUAUUAUAUAUAUAUAUAUUAUAUUAUAUUAUGUUAUAUUUUUCAAAGAAUCUAUUCCCAUAUUACCUAUUAUAUAUAUAUAUAUUUAAUUUUAUCUUCAAAUUAUUUACUCCGAUUUAAAAAAAAAAAAAUAAUAAUAAUUUAUCAUAUAUAUUGUCCUACUAUAUUACACUAUAUAAUUUUCAUCGAAAUAUACGUAUAUAUUAUAGCCUCAGUAAUUCUAGUCUGAGAUAACGCCAAAUAAGUAUUAAUGUAAUUAUUAAACAUAUACAUAUAAUAUAUUAAUUAUACAUUAUAUAUAUAUAUAUAUAUAUAUAUAUAUGUAUAAUUUAGAAUAUAUUUUUAGGAAGUAAAUAUUAUCGUAUUUUAAGUACCUGCCUAUAGAUAGGUAGUUAAUGCCUGUCAAUAUAUUUGUUUUUGUUAUCCUUAUAGGUACUAUCCCACUCAUAAUAGUAUUAUACUUUAUAGAUAUCUAUAUAUUAUAUAGAUACCUAUACUUUUAAGUAUAGUCACUGCAUCAAUCUAGUGUCUAAGUCUUUUUAUUUUAUAAAUUAAACAACUUUACUAAUUCCAUUUAUUCCAAAGACACGUAUCUAUAUGAAGUACCUAUAUACCACGUACUUAUCAUAUAAUAACAGAACCAAUAAUAUUAGGUAUUGUAUUGUAUCUAUUUCAGUAUAUAUGAUGACGAAAGAUUUAUUGUUAAAUUAUAUCUUGAAAUUUUUUCAACCAAGUAUACAGUAACACUAUGAUAAUAAUAUGUACCUUUUAUAUUUUAUUAUUAGUUUUUAAUUUUAGUAAAAAUAACAAUUUAAACUUAUUUAAAUGGUUGAACUAAAUGUAAUUAUUAUGCAAUUGUGCCAUGUUGGUUCAUUGGUUGAUUUAAAUAAUAUUACAGAGUGUCAGUGCUUUACUUGGAAAAAAAUAGUAGGGGUACUCUGUUGAGUGAUGAGUAGGGCUCUGCCGAUGUUACCUAAUUCGAUUAAAAUGAUUUGAAUAUUAUGAAUAUAUUAUUUAAAACGAUAAAUAUGCACUUUUACCUAAAAAAUCCUGAAAAUGAACACCAAACUAUAGUUAAGUAUUUUAAAAUAUGUAUUAUCUACAUUUAAUUAUAAUUAAAACAAUUCAAUUAUUUACUGAA